AUGCGAAGAUAUUCUUCUGAUCGAAUAUGCUUUUUCCUGAGUGCGUCAUUGCUAACCUACAUUGCAUGGCGCGUACUUUAUCCUUCAGGAUACAAUGCUACAGACGAAGAUGAUGCAACGGAAAGAUUGGCUUAUUUAAAAGCAUCGAAUAACUCAAAACCGUUAAUAGAAAAUCUUCAGUUAUGUUCUUCGAACAAAAUCGAUCUUAUUAUUCUGAUUAUUUCUACCAGUGGAAAUUUUCUUGAACGACAAGCUAUUCGUGAAACAUGGGGAUCAAUGACUGACAUGUUUACAGUGCGAUCUCAACAUCUUUUUGUUAUUGGUUAUCAUCCAUAUGGCAAGUUUUAUAAAGAUCUGAUAAAAGAAGGAGAACAUGAAAAAGAUUUACUUUACGUACCUAAGAAAGAGCAAGAAUAUACAUUUAAGGAAAUCUACGCGUAUCAAUGGUUAACUCAGCAUUGUCCAAAUGUAACAUACAUAUUUAAAACUGAAGAUGAUCUGUUCGUUAAUGUUCUACUUCUACACGAAAUUAUUCGAGAACUGAAAACCGAUCCUGAUGAUGUUUAUAAUCGAUAUUUGUACAACAGUCAAAUUGAUAGUUUGUUCCUGGCGAGAAGUGCAAACAAUGGGAAACAGUUUUUAUUUGGUUUAGCAUAUCAAGCAGGUAAACCAGAACGGAAUCUAACACAUUCCCCGUAUUUUGUUAGUCGAGAAGAAUACGCACCUGACUUAUAUCCAGGUUAUUGUUCUGGUUUUGGUUAUUUGAUGACUUCGGCAACGAAGUCGGCUUUAUUAGCAGAAGCCGUCAAAGAUCAGCAACCACUUCGUUUUGCUGAUAUCUUUAUUACGGGAAUCAUUCCACAGCGUUUAAAUUUCUUUUGUCAACUUAUUCCUUUCGGAUUUUAUCAAGGUUCAGUUGAUACAUGUGCCGGAUUGAUUAAAAACACGACCAUGUUAAAUCCUCCUCCGGGUAUUGCUCCACUACUAACUUGCUCAACUGGACGUCAUGUGGGUCAGCAUGCUUUUGCUGACUAUUAUCGACUUUGGACAGAGUUAAAAUUAAUGUACGCAGGUCGAAUAAAUCCCGUUAAGGAACAAUAG